UAGGCCAGUGGUUGCCAUAGCGACUGGGCGGCGAGAGGCUAGAUUGACUAGGUAGGAGCCUGCUCCUGUUGAGAGAGGGUCCUUGAGGUCUUGGGGAGGACUUGGCGCACUCCAUGGGACACCCACUGAGACCUCCAGACUCCGGGUGUUUAGAAGAAUGCAUGGCUGAGGUUUUCCUCAAACAGACGGAACAUGCCCCAGAGCUUUGCUAACGCGGACAACGCCCUGAAAGAUGAAGACCUUGGCAAAACUAACAAGCAUGUCGACAAAAUACAGAAAGGUUUUACCGCUGCAUACCCAACUCAAGCCUCCAUUCCUUGUAGAUACAGAACGUCAAUAAUCUCAGAAUCAGAGAAAAAGGGAUUUAACAGCCAAGCCAGGAGAUUCUAUCACAAAAAGGAUGACAUCCCGGGCCCUGGUUCCUACAAUGUCACCCACCAGUCUCCAGUGUUCAACAGUGUCUCUCUUUCCAAGAGAGGGACCUGCACUUUCCCCUCUGAGUGUGCCCGACUGGGCAACAUCAUUUCUAAGUAUCCUGCUGCCAAUGCGUACACCAUCCGCUCAGAGUUGGUCUCCAAGAAGGACUUCAGCAACUCCUGUUCCAGCAUGUUCCAGCUUCCAAGCUUCAUGAAAGUGCUCAGAUCUGGAACCCCUGCCCCGAACCAUUACAAUGCCUCCAUUCCUUCCUGCAAACAAAAAAGCAAUGUCUCUGCUCGAGUUGGGUUUCUGUCAAAAACAGAAAGAGGAUUCUUCCCCUUGGCCACAUCGGGAGGGCCAGCUCCAGGCCAUUACAAUGUCAACGAGUCUCUGGUGAAGCGAUCGCCAAAGGUCUUAGUGUCCUGCUUCAAAUCCAAAACUGGCCGUGGGUUAAAACUGACAUCAACAGGCCCAGGGCCUGGUUACUACAAUCCCAACGAUCAGACCAAGAUUCUGAAAAAGCCUCAUAUCCCGAAAGGCACACUCCUGAACUUUUCUGCCCACCCUCUGCCUCUGCCCCCAAAGCCACCUCUCCCUGGGCCUGGUCAGUAUGAGAUUGUGGACUACGAGGGACCCCCUAAGCAUUUCAUCUCCAGUGCAUCAUUUGUGUCCAAUACCAGCCGAUGGCCAGUGUUGUCAUCCAAACCAAGCCUGCCUGGUCCAGCCACAUACAAGCCAGAGAUCCCAGGAAAGCAAUCCUUUCUCUACAACGAGGACAACAAAUGGAUCCCAGUGAUAUAACAAUGCCACAGGAGCUCAGGGAGAGGCUUAUCCAGUCAGGCCCCUGACCCUGCUCCCCCGGACACCCAUCAGCAGAACAUACUCUUCCUCUGUCACCCAGCCCAGGGUCACACAUUGUCUGGAGCUGCCUUCUGGAGACUGGCUACCCCUGUCCCCCUUACUUUCCUGAAUAGAAAGGAGUUGGUAGAGAGCUCUCUGGCUACCUCCACGUCAGCCUCCGAGCUGGUUUUGGUGACUCCUAUGCCCUGAGUUAAGGGAUCUUGAAGCAUGGACUCUGAUGUGCAGCCUCAGCCUACUGCCAAGACAGCCUGUGGUGAAUUCCUUGCUUAGAAGAAUCAGUCAGGGCUCUGAGGCCUGGUCCAUGGGCCCUGACCUCCAAUUGUCCUUGACUUCUUGGAGGCAGGAUGUCUGGAGGUGCCCGCAACAGAAUCGCAAGGCUAUUCCCUGGACACCCCUGCCCUCAGCUAUGCCUGGUUAUUACACAGCAUGAACGUGGAAACCAGUCAUGAAUCACUCAUCACCCAUGGACUUGUAUUCAUCUCCAGGCAAGGGAGGACCCAGCUGAAGCUAGAGGCCUGGAACCAUGGUCCCCAACCCUGCCUCUGCCUGCCCUGGUCUCUGUCGUCUUCCUAACUUCCCACCCCAGUUCUGAGAAAGCAUCAAUUUUUAGUCGUACAGUGGUUCUAACAGAUCAUGGCUUGCCUGCAAUGGCUAGAGGGAGAGCUGACCAAGAACCAAGAUGAAAUUAAACUGAUCACACACCC